AUGCUACGAAAGCCCCGUUGGAAACGCAUCUGUCGUAGCCUGUCUAGGUUCUACUCUUCGACCGUCUCGUAUGAUGUUUGUGUCAUUGGGGGAGGACACGCAGGGUGUGAAGCUGCUGCUGGGGCCGCAAGAACUGGCACGCGAACAGUGUUGUUGACCCAGAAGUUGGAAACAAUCGGAGAACUUUCAUGCAAUCCGUCGAUCGGUGGUGUUGGCAAGGGGACCUUGGUUCGUGAGGUAGAUGCUUUGGGAGGAAUUAUGGGUGGAGUGGUAGAUAAGGCUGGAAUUCAGUUCCAAAUCUUGAACAGAACCAAAGGGGCUGCUGUUUGGGGACCUCGAGCUCAAAUAGAUCGCAAAUUAUACAAGAAAAACAUACAGAACGUCCUUCACAACUAUCCGAAUCUAGAUAUACGCGCCGGAAGUGUCUUUGACAUCGUCAUUGACCAGUCAGAUAAUACCUUAGGUCGGUGGGGGAAGAUAUCUGGCGUUAAGCUUGAGACAGGGGAGAUCAUACCUUGCUCGCAAGUCGUAAUAUGUACUGGGACUUUCUUAUCCGGAGAAAUCCAUAUCGGUCUCAAUCGAUUUCCUGCCGGACGGCUGGGGGAAGCUCCCUCUAUCGGCCUCUCCGCUUCUCUCAAUGCAGCUGGGUUUAAGCUCGGCCGGCUGCAAACGGGCACUCCUGCGAGGCUCGAUAUCAGCACCAUUGAUUUCGGUGGUUUGGAACGACAAGAUGGGGAUGUUGUACCCUCGCCAUUUAGUUUUAUGAAUCGCACUGUUGCCAACGCCGAUAACCAAGUCUAUUGUUACAAAACUGCGACGACUCCAGAAACACACCAGAUCAUUAAAGACAACAUUCACCUCAGUGUUCAUAUUCAAGAGACAAGGAAGGGUCCUCGGUACUGCCCCUCACUCGAAGCCAAGGUUCUUAGGUUCGGUCACAAGGAUCACCACACUGUUUGGCUAGAGCCUGAAGGAUAUGAUUCAGAUUUGAUAUAUCCAAACGGAAUCUCCUGCAGUAUUCCUGAAGAGCUCCAAGAAACGAUGAUACGGACCAUCCCAGGUUUGGAGAAUGCCAAGAUGGUCAAGCCCGCGUAUGGUGUUGAGUAUGAUUACAUUGAUCCCAGGGAACUCGGACCAACGCUGGAGACAAACCGCAUCAAGGGUCUUUUCCUUGCUGGCCAAAUCAACGGCACAACGGGAUACGAAGAAGCAGCAGCACAGGGUAUCGUCGCUGGGAUCAACGCCGGACUAGCUGUCCUGAAACGCCCACCACUCGUCCUUACCCGAGCGGAUGGCUUCACGGGUGUGAUGAUUGACGACCUGAUCGUUAAGGGAGCGGAGGAACCAUACCGCAUGUUCACGUCUCGGUCAGAGUAUCGAAUGACGAUCAGAAGCGAUAACGCUGAUAUGCGACUGACUGAGAAAGGUCGUGAGGCUGGUGUGAUCUCUGACGAAAGGUGGUCUGCCUUUAAUGAGACGCGGACGACAAUGGCAGACGCGACAAAGAGGCUGAAGUCACUUGUUUUCAGCCCUCAGGGCUGGGCCGCGCACGGGGUCAGAGUGCAGCGUGAUGGUAUCUUGCGCAGUGCUUUCCAAAUGUUAAGGUAUCCGGGAGUAACGACCGAGUUCCUCAAGGGCGCGGUGCCGGAACUUCGGGACAUUCAUCCUUCAAUUCUUUCGCGCAUCGACGUUGAGGGACAAUAUGACGCUCAUUUAACCCGACAAGAGGCCGACCUCAAGACGUUUAUGGAAGACGAGUCUCUCCUGCUUGAUCCCAGGAUGGAGUAUUCAACGGUUCCAGGUUUGAGCUCGGAGGUUGUCGAGAGGCUUUAUCGUGUCAAGCCAACGACGAUUGGAGCUGCGAAGAGGAUGGAAGGCAUGACUCCUACGUCGGUGGUGUACCUUUUGAAGCACGCGAAACGAACCUGGAGGGGCUCGGAAGCCAAUGCUGUAUAA